AUGCAAAAGGGAUUCGUGGACAAGCUGGUGCAGCGAAUCGUCGACAACAUCGAGAUCAACGUGGCCGACAUCCACAUCAGGUACGAGGACACGGUGCUGGUGCCGGGGCAGACUGUGUCGGCAGGGGUGUGCCUGGAGUCGUUCGUGGUCACCACCACCGACGAGGACUUCGUGCGGCAGUUCGUUGACCGCACGGGUUCGGGAGGCCAGCACACUAAGGUACAUAAGAUGGCCCGUGUGGAAGGCUUCUCGGUGUACUGGCGAAUCGACGACAAGGAGAGGUUCGCGUUGCUUCCCACGGAAAGGAGGAGCAGUGAGCUUAGGGAGUUCGUGGCGCAGCAGUCGGUAGCCCCGACGGGGGACAGCGGGGGCGGGUUGGAGAGGGGAGACCUGAUUCGUCCGACCGGCGCCGUUCUCAAGUUCAUCCACUCCGACGACCCUGAUGACAAGACGGGGCCCAAGUUCGAGGCUUCGUUUGAGAUGGACGACGUCAAGAUGGACUUCCGCGCGGAGCAGUAUGAACAGGCGCUCUCCCUGAAGGACUCCGCAGCGGCCCUCGCCAACUGGCAGAUGUUCUUCCCCUACCGCCCGAAGACUACCCCGAAGCAGGACCCUAGGGCUUGGUGGAGGUGUGCAUGGCAGAACACGCCGGGGCGAUAG